UUCAGAAGAAUGAGUUCAGAGUAAGGAAGUGGCCUUUUACAUAUAUUUUUAUUUAUUUAUGCGGCAUUAGACGGGUAGUUGUCUCUCUUUCGUCAUUGUUUUGAUAGCGUGUGUGUAACUGAAGCGUUCCGUUUAUCUGCACAACUGUACAUCGAUUAUAAAUCUGUCGCAGCCGGUCAGUCACGAUGAUGACAGUGACUGUGACCAUCUGAAACUAAUGAAUGAACUGAAAACAUCUGACCUGUUAUAGCAGAAACUGGCCGAUUUACUGCAGCCACCGUCAGUGUGUGGAUGCUGGACGUACUUGAACAUCGAUUAAAGGUACAUUGUUUAAUGUGACGAUAUUUAGGUUACAGUGCUCGUUAGCGAAACAACGCUUUGAAUGCAUGUGCUGCUAGAGGACAAAUCACAUACAAUACAGUAAAAAACUACACACUCCCCAUCGACAUGGAUUACAUAAACACUGCCAGAUCUGUCGAAGAUCGUCUUCUGAGCUAUAGAAAAGACGAGUCAGGGUGGAAAACAUGCAAGAAAACUAAUGAUGUUGUGGUGUAUUGGAGACCCUCUUGUGAAUUCGCGGGAAAUGUGACGUUUUGAUCUGCCGAACUGUCACCCCCUCAGCUGCCAUGGGUAUUAUAUCACCUCGUGAUUUUGUCGAUGUUAUUUCCAUAAAGCGGUAUGAGGACGGCACGGUGUCAUCAAAUGCUACCAAUGUAAGCCAUCCAGACUGUCCUCCUCAGAACGGCUUCGUCAGAGGCUUCAACCAUCCAUGUGGCUGCAUGUGUGUUCCAGUUCCUGGGGAUCCGAGCAAAACGCAGCUGUUCAGCUUUUUCCAGACUGACCUCGGAGGAUUGCUUCCUCGUUCGGUUGUAGAUUCAUUUUUCCCCACUAGUAUGGUGGAGUUUUACAACAACCUGACCAAAGCUGUCAAAUCCCUCAAAUAGCCACUUUAUAGAGCACACCCCCGUCCCUUUAAGAUUAAUUCUGAAACUUUUAAUAAUUUGAUUUGAUUACUUUUGAUUUUAGUGAAAAGUGAGGUUACUUUAUUCCUGAUUCUUCCAAAAGUCACACGUGUCCAAACACACUUGAACAUAGACCGUUUUAUAGAUCUAGACUACUGGAACAUUUUGUUUACUGUAUUAUUUCAGAAAUUCUGAAAACUAGUGAUACAAGUGAUGAACUAUUGCACAGAAAAACCUACAGUUAUGCAUUUGGCAGAUGCUUUUAUCCAAAGUGCUUUCAAAUGACGUUUUAUCGAUCUCUUUGUGUGAAAAUUGAAGACAUUUUGUUGAUACUGGUAGCAUCAUGUUUUGCCAAUUGGUCAGUUUUUUAGACUUGGAGUGA